AUGCUUCAGUCUGUCUGGGCCUUCCCAACCACGAAACGACAAGCAGUCGGCCAGACUCCUUUGAUAAGCUCGUCCGAGGUAUGGGCGUCUGUUGUGGCAAAUGUGACCCCUCUCAUGGCCCUUGUUGGGGAGAGGCAUGCUAAGGAAUACCUACGGACCAUGUCGGGAAAACGGCAGCUAUUGAAUCUGGCAGUGGCACCACUGGGCAUCCUCUCCAUCCUUGUCAGUGCAGUCAGGCUCUGCGGCUUUCCUUACCUUCGCCGGCUGAUUGGCCGUGAAGGCGAAAAGAGAAACGAGGCCAUGGUCGAGCUGACACCGGUCAGCAUGUCUCAAGCAACGCCAGUCUAUGUGGAUGGGCGGAUCGAGAUCGAACCCAACGUUGUCAAGGAUGCCGCAUUCAUUUGCUGUCAUCGUCGGCUUAGGGAAGAUGCCCCCUCGGCGUUGAGGGCUUUUCGAUCACUCUGGCUUCGUCGAAAGGAGCAUCAUGGCGAUCAAGACCAUGAAAUUGUGCUGUCACUGCGCAGACUCGACGAUCUAUCCUUAAAAGAAACAGCCACCUUGAUCGAAAAUCUGGAGGAUGCUGGAAAAGAUGGUUUCUCGAACCAACAUGUUGCAAUGGACGCCACAAUCUCAUUCCGGACAACCGGUGUAUCUCCUGCAGCAACCCUAGCAUCUAGCAGGACAUCAAUGAGCCGCUUGAUGGACAUGUUGGUUGCCACAGGCCUGACAGCUGCAAUCAUUGGUAUCCAGAUCGCCGGCUACGCUUCCAACAAUACAAACGGUACUGACAUCCAAGGCCUGAUAAUGGGGCUUGUAGGCUAUUCAGGCGUCGUUACAUCCACAGUGGCACUCCUUCUGUUAAUCCAAUCAGAAGUCGUACUGCAAACUGAGCCGCUUCCGGCGCUCUUUCGUGAUGGGCAGUGGACGGUCAGCAAUGCCACCCAUUCAAAGUGGCGAUGCAUUGAGCCGUUGAAAGUGGAUGGAAUUGUGUCUGCUUUGCCGGCAAGACAUGCUCCUCAGGAUUCUCGUGCGCGAGAUGUCAAGGUGGCUGUAUGUGGGCUUGGUCUCGUAGGCUGCUAUGUGAUCUACUACCUAGGUAUUAGAGUCGCUCCUUGGUGGGUGGCACUGAACAACAUGGUGGUCCUGUGGCUGGCAGCAGCCUACAGAGCGUUCACAACGCAGAGCACAUACCAAGAAAGCGAGACACAAACUGCAGAAAGCUGGACAGCAAUCCCAGGCAACACGGUCUCGGACACGGUUGACCAAACACUUUGCUCCUCGGAGGUCCGCCCCUCCGGGGAUUGUCUUCUGAUGUUUUCGAGUCCAAUCCGCAUCAGUCCCAUGUCCUGGUCAUCAGCCCAAGAUGUUCUAAAGGUAAGUAUCGAGCUCACACACCAGAAGAGCCUCAGUUGUGGCUGGAAAUCUCCAAGCGAAGUCGUGAAUAGUAAGACAUGGGGAUUCAUUGUUCGCUUCAACCUUGUCGUCUACAUUCCAGGUUACAUCUUCCGGUGUGAAGAUUCGACUGAUCUUGCGGUCGAACUUCAUUUCACCUUUGACCACCUCACAUGGACUGUCCUGAAACUCUUGCACACAUGUCUGGACCAGAGCGGCUCAUUAUCGACGUACACGAGUCCUACGGAUCGUCGAGAAAAAGUCUUGGCUACGUUGGAUGGUGAAGAUGUUGCAGUCAGCUAUCCUGCCGAGCCCAAAACAUUACGGGCAUUCUUGAAACCUUUCAGCAGCCGAUCGUUGGAUCAGGCCCUGCUGCUCCCAGCAAUCCAGGUGUGCUCCAUUUAUGAACGAUUCUACUACACUUCAUCCAAGUCCACAGGGAUGCAGACAUUACAGGCUCGUCACGUUGACCAACUGGGUUUGAGUGCCUCUCCGGCCCAACUCAAAGGCCUACAAGAGGAGCUUGAAGAACAAGGUGUCUGGAACUCGUUCAUGGCCCCACUGAGUGAGCUGGGCCCGAAGCCCAAGAGGAUCGUGAUGAAAGCGCCAGAGGAUCACUACUCUCAAAGCAACCGGCUCUGGGCUGAUCUGACAGGUGCAAUUGAUGGCGAAGAAAGAGCCGAGGGUGCGACGGCAGGAGCAGUUGAGGGGUCUGGCUCAUAG